AUGGAAUCCACAAGCGCCUCGAAGAAACGCAGCUCCGACGAAGACGACUUUGAAAUUUUGCGUCAGUACAUUCUGGCGUGUCCCUUGUUGCCAGGAAAGCCCGAGGAGAAUCCAGCAGUCAAGGCGGCCCUUGCGGGGAUCGACAGCGAAUUGAAACGACGUGAACGUGAUGCCAAACUGCAGAAAAAGUUUUCUGGCGUACCGUCUACCAAAGCGUCUUCCACCACCGCAGCAACAAAACCCACCUCGUUUAUCGAAGACGAAUGGCAGAGCAUUGAUGCCAGCGAUCGAAAGCACCCUUCCACCAACACAACGCCAUCAGAAGAAGAGGAAGUGGAAAUCAUCAAUGUAGACGAUGACACUGGUGUCUUUGGCAAGAAACUGGCAGAAGCGGCCAUUGCUGCCAUGGCUAAUCGAUCACAAGCGAUAGCAAAAACUCCUGUUGCUGCGAUUGCUCUGGCCUUGCACUCUGCAAUGAUGUCAGAUGACGUCUUGGGAUUCGCCACAAUGAACUCAACUGACGAUGGCACCAAGGCAAGCAAUAGUGGCUUUGCUGCUCCGAUUCGAGAGCUGCCCAAGACACAGUUCCUGCCCAAGGAGUGGGACAAAAACGCCAAAAGCAUCAACAGCAGCACACAGAAGGUGGUUCUUCGAUACCGAAAAAAUGGCACUGGUUCCGUGCUGCUCAAAGUGGAAGCUCUGGAACAAACAGAUUCUGCCGAAGAGCAGCAGAUCUGUGUCCAGCUACUACCAGCCAACAACAAAGAACCACCCAGUCAGACACUCACAUUUCCUAUCAAUCGACACAUCAAUUUGGACUCCAUGAAUGCGGCGCUGAAAUCACCCGAUGGAAGAAUGGGGGUUCAUCCUGCACUUCAUUACAAAGCUCUUCCUGAUCUGAUGAAUUCUUUCGCAACCUCUUUCGAUCUUGGAAGUAUCGCAGACGACAAAAAGGCAUCAGACCAGCCUCCUAAUAGUGGGCCAAAGUUCCUCAGUCCACCCGUCCACGCGACCUACAAGGACUCAUGUGGCUUUCAGGGGCAUAGUAACAACAACAACAAUCCAGACUUGGGUAGACCAAUCUAUACUGGCGACCGAAACAUUCCCACAGUCAGCACAGCGUUCCCUCCAUUGCGGCCACAAUUUGUGGGGGAUUUCUCGGGUGACUUGGUGCCCACGGGAGGAUUACACGGGAUGCCAAACAUGGGACCUGGAAAUAUGAUGGGUCCCAAUCAUCCUGCCUUUCGUGGCGGUGGCAUGAGCGGCGUCGAUAACAGUUCCGGAUUUGGGAUGAUGCCCCGAUUUGACCCUUUUGGACCUCCUGGUGGGCCCCAAGAAAUAAACAAUGGACGUGGCGGACGACCCGUUCCGCCGCACAUUCAAGGCAAUCCAAACAAUGACAUUUUGCGUCCUCCCAAUACCUUCAACUCGGACAUGUAUUCCUAA